UAAAUUGUUAUACACAUAUCUUGAUUUCUAUAUGUUGUCCUCAAAUUUCCUUUGCUUUUCAAAAUUUCACUAAUAUUUAUUGUGGUCUUAAUUGUUUUAUCAAAAUUCGCAAUUUUAAGAAAUUUUUUUUAAAAAUGAAGUACUUUGGGAUAAAUAAAGAUAUGCCAUACAUGUCGGAUAUAAGCUUUGACUCCGAUAUAGGAUAUGUAGAAGACUCUUUUCAAAAGCAGUAUGAUGACGCUCCUAGGAAGUGUCGUAGUGAUGGAUGGUAUUCCGACCUACUCAACACGGAAAAAGAGUAUAUAUCCAUAAUUUCUAAUCUGGAUAAUGCCUAUGAGGUUUUGAAGAAUGUGCUGGAUCGAAAAACUGCUGAGGACCUGGAACACUUCUCACUACUCGAGCAGAGUGAAAAAGAUUUGAACACUUAUUUUCGUAAAUCCCAUGAGCAAAUAGAAAAGUUUUUCAGCGGAAGUAGUAAUGAUUCGAAAAAGUCGAAAAAAGAUGUCAAGCAAGCAAAAGAUAAAAAAGAGAAUAAAGGGAACAAAGAGAAUAUAGGGAAACAACAAAAACCUAAAAAAGCAUUUAAAAAGCCUAUGGCUCCCAAGCAACCACCUCCGCCAGAGAGACGUACAAACGAAAAACGCAGGCCACACAAGCAAACAAAUGGUGUACCCAUCAAACAGUUGUCCAUGCAUCUCAUGCAUGAAAACACAUCAGAUUCUGAUUUCGGGCGACAUCAUGGCUACAAUGAUAUGUGUUGCACCAGAUCAGAGUUUGAAGCAAUGCUAAAUCAUAAUUCGUUUGUCAAUAAUAGUAUCGAUCAAGCACUUUUCGAGCGUCUAUCAGAAUUAUCUUGUGGAUUAAGCGGAAGCGAAUACACCUGCGAUAGUCAAAAAACAUACACCGAGAAGGACGAAUGUGUUGGAAACCAUCUUCAAUUCAAAAUGUCUGAUUUUUCCUGUCUUACCGUAGAAAAAAAUACUAACUUCGAUCGAACUAUGUAUUUUCCAUCCGAAAGUGUCAUUGAAGCACCAGCUCCUCCCAAAAAACAACGUCGAUCUUAUGUCAAUCAGACUUGCGAUGUACGUGACCAACGCGAUUUAAAUAACUAUGAUCUCUGCCAUUUGGAAGUUUUUCCGAGAUAUUCCUUUGCUAGUGACAUGUACCUGCCUAACUAUUGAAAACAUUUUUACUUUCUGAAUUAAUAAACUAUGUAUUAACAAUAUUCUAUUCGAUUACAUUAUUCGCUGAGAACUCUAAAUGAAGAAAGAAGGGAUCUCAACGAAUAUUGUAAGCGAGUUAGAAAAAUAAUAUGCUGAAAGUGAGGAAAACAACUUCACAUUAAAUAGUAAAGGAUAUCAGCAAAUAAUACAAAA